AUGGUUGUGAACGGGACAGAAGUGGCAAAGAACAACACCAGAGACUCAUGCUGGGUCGUGGUCCACGGUCAGGUUUGGGAUGUGACAGAGUUCCUCAACGAGCACCCCGGCGGCGCAAACCUCAUCAUCAAAUGCGCCGGCCGGGACGCGACGGAGGACUACGACUCCAUUCACAACCCGGAUCUCAUCACAGAAACACUCUCCCCGGACCGCUGUCUGGGGCCCGUGGACCCGGCAACCCUACCGAGGCCGCAGGAGCCGUCGAUAGACGCCGCCGCAAAGUCUGAGCCGGCGGCGUACCCGCACCUCGGUGCCAUCAUCAACGUCGACGACUUUGAAAGGGUCGCGGAGAGGUACCUCUCGCCCAUGGGCUGGGCCUACUACUCCUCCGGCGCGGAGGACGAGCGGAGCCUGCACGACUCCCGCCGCGUCUUUCGGAAGCUUGCCCUCCGGCCGCGGAUCCUGCGCGACGUCGACUCCGUCUGCACAGCGACCACCAUCCUCGGUCUCCCGUCCUCGUUGCCGAUCUACAUCUCGCCGACGGGGCAGGCGAAGUACGCCCACCCGGAGGCCGAGACGCUGCUCUCGAGGGCGGCGGGAGAGGAGGGGAUCGUGUACUGCAUGCCCACGAAGCCGAGCUCGUCGAUUGAGAGCAUCUUCGGGGCCAGGGCGAACGAGGCGCAGCCGCUGUUCUUCCAGCUGUACGUCGACCGGAACCGGGACAAGGCGCAGGCCACGAUCCGCAAAGCCGAGCGGUUAGGCGCGCGGGCGAUCUUCGUGACCGUCGACUCGCCCGUCAUCGGGAAGCGCGAGCGCGACGAGCGCCUGACCGUCGGGGACGAGCCCUUCUCGGAGCCCGGCGGGGUGGCCAAGACCACGGCGUCGGGGCUGUUGAACGCCGGGCUGACGUGGGACGACCUCACAUGGAUCAGGGAGACGACGCCGCUGCCCAUCGUGAUCAAGGGCGUCCAGUCGGUGGAAGACGCGCUCAUCGCCCACGAGCGCGGCGUCGACGGCGUCGUGCUAUCGAACCACGGCGGGAGGUCGCAGGACACGGCACAGUCGCCCAUGGUGACGCUCCUCGAGAUCCGGCGGUACGCGCCGCACCUGCUCGCCCCGGGGACGAGGGCCAGGUUCCAGGUGUUCGUCGACGGCGGCAUCCGACGCGGGACGGACGUCCUCAAGGCGCUGGCGCUCGGGGCGACGGCCGUGGGCAUCGGGAGGCCGUUCCUGUACUCGAUGACGGCGGGGUAUGGGGAGGCCGGUGUGAGGCGGCUGGUGCGGAUCUUGAGGCACGAGUUGGAGACGAACAUGGCGCUCGCCGGGGCGAAGACCGUCGGGGACAUCGUGCCUGAGAUGGUGAACAGUGAGCGAGCGGAGAAGGAGGUUACGGGGAGAGUGAAGCUGUAG